GAGGAAUGGCGCGACACGUGGGGGACGCGCGGCGGAGCAAGUGGAAGCGUCGACGACUCUGCUUAUCCAGGCUUUAAUAUUUUCCUGGCUCCGGUACUGGACGUGAAGGAUGUUUGUUCUGAGCCAGAUCGAGCACAACCUGCCCAUGCCUCCGCACUUGCUGAAUCGCCCUCUCGUUGACGCCAUCAAGGCCGAGCUUGAGAGGCUCUUCCUGGAUAAGGUGGUUGCAAAUCUCGGUCUCUGCGUGUCCGUCUAUGACAUCCUUGCCGUUGAAGGUGGAUUCAUCUUUCCUGGAGAGGGCUGCUCGACGUAUAAAGUUUCCUUUAGGUUAUUGAUGUUUAGGCCCUUUAUUGGGGAGGUUCUUGUUGGGAAGAUCAGCGGAUAUGAUGAGAAGGGAUUGCAAGUUUCACUUGAUUUUUUCACCGAUAUAUGCAUCCCGGGACACUUGAUGCAGUUUGGCACAGUGAGGGGGGAAGAUGGUAGGUGGGCGUUGAAGACUGAAGAUGGUGAUGAACUUCAUCUUGACAUUGAUGAUGAGAUACGAUUCUUGGCAUCUAGCAUAAAAUACCCACCUAUACCAGUUGAGCAAAAGGAGGAUGACAAGCCAUUUGCUCCAAUGCAGAUCAAUGGGAGUAUUAAAGGAGAUGGUCUUGGCCUUCUUGCUUGGUGGGCGGCAGUAGAGGGCGAGGAAGAGGAAGAGGGUGAGGGAGAUGGUGAGGGUGAGGAAGAGCAAGAGCAAUAGCAGCAAAGUUGUUUCUGGUAACUCUCUGUGUAACUAGAAGUUUAGACCAUAAGCUAGGUGGCAUGCUAGAAACUUGUAAUGGCUGUUAGGAAUUGAUGAUCUGCUGCUGCACAGUUUGUGGUAACACUGGCAAGCAAGCAAGCAAAGAAGAAGAAUGGCCAGAUUUGAAGUGGAAAACAUAGGGCACUGUGAGACAUCUCAUCCUAGUUGAACUUGCAACGAUCGAUGGCUAUUUCCCAGUUGAUAACUGAUAAAAAUCCGAAUCAUGUUUGAACUA